AAAGAGUUCUGUUCCUCUGUACAAGUACAAGUUGGUUCAAGCUCUUGGACGACGCAUACGAGUGAGUUGGCUAUUUGUGUGAAAGAUUGUACCAAUAUUUUACUGUAGAGCACCAGGGUUGGUCACUGCGUAAAGUAAGUCGUGUUUCUCCUAUCUCCGUCUGCCCCAGAGAUUAAGAAAGGUGGCAAUCUCUCCGCCUUGUCCUCCGGUCAUCCCCCUUUCAUCCCCCGUCCCUCCUCAAUCCCCCCAUCCCUCCUCAAUCCCCCAGUUUCCCCCUUCCCGUAACUCCUCCCAACAGUCCCCUAUGGCCCGCGCGCCCUUAUGGCCGGCUCGAGUGGACCUGUUAAUCCGCAGCUACGUGUCGGACACGUUCUUCCUGCUGGAGAUGCUGUUCGACAGCAUCGAGCAGCUGUGGCCACGUGGCAUUGGUGACGUCAUCCUGGUGCUGGACGAAGACAACCAGAUCGUGGAGGACAUCGUGCCCACGUGGAUCAAGGUGUACUACGAGAAGAACUACCUGAAGCUUCCUGGAAAGAUCCUCCAGCAGUGGAGCUACCUGUGGGCGGACAACUACACCACAGCGCCGUACAUCGCCAUCAUUGACGAUGACGUCAUCUUCAACCUCAAGGUGACUCCGGGCCUCCUGUUCAACCUGACGGACGAAAGCCCCUACGUGAUCGGGAGCCGGCAGAAGCAGAUGAACCACUGGGUGCCGUCGACGCACUACUUCGUGGGCAAGCCGUACUACCUUCGCCAACUUCAUGGUGCAGCUGCCCUUCGUCUUCCCCCGGGACGUGCUGCCCAAGUUCAGGGACCACGUGGUGGGGACCCGGGGAGGCAAGUUCAAGAGCUUCGACGCCGCGUUUCAGAACUUCGCUCAGCACGGGCCCAAGUUUGAGAGGACGCAGAUCGCCCACACCACGCUGGGCAACUUCAUGUGGGCGUUCACCCAGGACGAGGUGCACUGGGCGCUAGAAUGGACGGACCACAUGCCCAUCCCGCGCAUUGGCGUGCACAUGCCGUACUCCCAGCCCUUCCGCGACGCCACCAACAACAACGACCAAGCCCGCGCGUCGUCAAGACCUACGUUGCCCUGGCCGGCUACUACUCGCACGAAGCAGUCUGCCACGCCUUCCCUCCGGGGGAGCUCGACCGCUGCAAAGACGUGCUGAAAUUCGAGCAGCGGCAGAUCUGGCAGUAUGUCAUGGACUGGUAUGACUGGCCCGCGAUCAAGCACAAGAGGAAGAAUGCGACAUUUGUGUAUGAUUUGUAUAAGCGGGAGCUUGCAUGCAUGUAUGGGAAGGUGGCUGAAGCGCGCACUAACGAGUGGACGGAUCAUAUUAUAGGGAGGCGGAGGGAGCUGGUGAAUGAGAUGACCAGGGACUGCGCAACGCCGCAUUCUAAUUAGGUCGUGCGUAGCUAGUUAUGUACCAAAUAGUAAUGGGUGUGUAUGUACCGUAUAUUGCUGGUGCAUAUUCCACUCAUGGUGGGAUUAUGACCAUGGGUGUACUUGUAGCGAAUCGUUCAAUGCCAGACCCAACC